AUGGCCGGUCCCCUGCCCCAGGCCGACGUCUCGGCGGCCCUCGAUGAACUCGACGACCGGUGGGCAUACGCCGGCCCUGCCCGCACCGCGACGGCCAUCCUGCAGUACUCGUACCCCCUCGUUAUGCUCUUCUUCUUCCUCACGGCCUUUACCUACCGCAGCAUUGCAACCUCUAAAUCUAAUUCUAAUAUCGCCAAACCUACUACAACCGGCCCUGGAGGCAAGCCGCUGCCCGCAACAGACCCCACGCGCAAUUUCGUCAAGAAGACGGCCCACGACCGCGUCACCCAGACGCAGAAGCGCCUGUUUGAGUGGGUGUCGCUCGCCGUCGCCUUUACCUUUGUCGGCAAUUCCGUCGUUGUCGUCGCACAUGCCCUCGUCGAGCAGCAGCAGCACUGGUGGGCUGGCAAAGCCGUCGUGAUCUACCUCGUCGGCUCCUUCUUCGUCUACUGCCUGUUUCUGAUUUCGCUCAUCGACUCGAAGCCUUCGCCCACCGAGGCCCAUCUGGCAACAUGGUCCCUGGGCACAGUGCUCGAAGUCGUCCUCGUCACGCUUUCCUUUGCCAUCUACACGCACCCCCACAAUGAGCCCACGGCAGGCCCGCCCCCAAAGCGCCUGCGCUUCGGCAUGACCGACUGGGAGGCGGCCGAAGUCGCCAUGGACCUGCUGCGCAUCGUGCUGCUGCUCGCCCUCAUCGCCUUCUACGUCCUCUUCGUAAUCGUGCCCCAGCGCAAAGGCCACCAGGACCCGGGAACGCCGAGCGAGAGCACGUCACUGUUGGGUGGCGCUGACCAGAAUGGCCACGCCGAGAAUGGUCACGCGAACGGGUCUUAUGGCUCAGUGCACCCCGUGGGUGGCAAGCACCAGCACACCGAGGGUGCACCGCCCGCCUGGAGCAGACCCACGGGCGCCCCUGCACGCAGCUGGUGGGAGUACAUCAAGGGCUACCAUGUCUUCUUCCCCUACCUCUGGCCCUCCAAGGACCGCAAGCUGCAGCUGGUUGUCGUCGCCUGUUUCAUGCUCGUCUUGGCGCAGCGCGUCGUCAACGUCCUCGUCCCCGAUCUGACGGGUGAAAUUGUUGAUCGCCUAAAAGACCCCCAGAAGGGCAACCCGUGGACCGCCAUUAUCGUCUAUAUUGCCUUCCGCUUUUUGCAGGGCAGCAAUGGCCUGCUUGGCGCCGCGCGAUCGGCCUUGUGGAUUCCCGUUUCGCAGUACUCGUACCGCGAGCUGUCUGUUGCCGCCUUUGAGCACGUGCACAGCCUUAGUCUCGACUUCCACCUCGGCAAGAAGACAGGCGAGGUGCUUUCCGCCUUGGGAAAGGGCAGCUCCAUCAACACCUUCCUGGAGCAGGUGACCUUUUCCGUGGUCCCCAUGCUGAUUGAUUUGGCCGUUGCCAUUGCCUACUUCCUCGUCCGCUUCGAUGCUUACUACGCCCUUGUCAUUGCCAUCGUCACCUUCUGGUACAUCUACCUGACUAUUCGCAUGGCGCAAUGGCGCGCAGAGAUUCGCCGCGAAAUGGUCAACGCAGACAGAGAAGAAGACGCAGUCAAGAAUGACUCAAUGGUAUCAUAUGAGACGGUCAAGUAUUUCAACGCCGAAGCUUACGAGUUCAACCGAUACCGGGAGGCUGUCAAGAAGUACCAGAACGCCGAGUACAAGGUCAUGCUGUCGCUGAACAUCAUGAACAUUACCCAAAACAUGGUCUUCAUGGUCGGCCUCCUCGUUACCUGCUUCAUUGCAGCAUACCAGGUGGCUAUAGGCGACCUCGAGGUUGGCAAGUUUGUCACGCUGAUCACGUACAUGGGCCAACUGCAGAGUCCCCUCAACUUCUUCGGCACCUUCUACAGGAUGAUUCAGUCUGCCAUGAUCAACUCGGAGCGAAUGCUCGAGCUGUUCAAGGAGCAGCCUACUGUGGUCGACAAGGAAAAUGCGCAGCCUCUUGUAUUGUGCGAAGGCAACCUCCGCUUCCAGGACGUGCAUUUUGCCUAUGACCAGCGCAAGCCCGCGCUGACAGGCCUUGACUUCCACUGCCCGCCCGGUACAACAACAGCUUUUGUCGGUGAAUCUGGCGGCGGUAAAUCGACCGUCUUCCGCCUGCUUUACCGUUUCUACAACACCAUGUCUGGAAGCAUCCAAGUCGAUGGCCACGACGUAGAAGACUUGACCAUUGAUUCGGUGCGCAGUCACAUUGGUGUUGUACCUCAGGACACUGUCCUUUUCAACGAGACGCUCAUGUAUAACCUCAAGUAUGCCAAUCCGCAAGCCACCGACGAACAGGUGUACGAGGCUUGCAAGGCUGCAAGCAUUCACGACAAGAUUAUGACUUUCCCGGAUAAAUACAAUACCAAGGUUGGUGACCGUGGUUUACGACUGUCAGGAGGUGAGAAGCAGCGCGUUGCCAUUGCCCGUACCAUUCUCAAGGACCCCCGCAUCAUCAUGCUUGAUGAAGCCACGGCAGCCCUUGACACGGAAACGGAGCAGCACAUUCAGGAAGCCUUUACCACGCUGGCAAAGGGCCGCACAAUGCUCAUCAUUGCUCAUCGGCUCAGUACCAUUACCCACGCUGACCAGAUUCUCGUCCUGCACAAGGGCAAGGUCCAGGAGCGCGGAACGCAUGAGGAGCUUCUUGAACGAAAUGGACACUACGCUGCCAUGUGGAAAAAGCAGAUUCGCGCACAGCGGGCGGCCGAGCAGGCUCAAUAUCUCAAGGACAAGGCUGACAGGCUCCGCCGAGAAUCCAAAGAUGGAAACAUUGGUCUCGAGGACGGAAGCAGCAGCCAUUCCAGCUCUGAUGAUGAGAAUGCUAAGAGGAGACGCUCCGCAGCGCAGAAUGGAUCACAUCCAGCCGGAAGCUCUGGCAAACCACACGGCCACCCUUAG